AUGUCGGAUAUCGGAUUUUCCGGCGGGAGCCAGGACCCCUGGCAGCAGCUCUCCGGGAGGUCGUCGAAGCUGCGCGUGCCUAACCGUGCCGUGCUCACCCGCAACGUGCCCUUCGGCCGCCACAGGCCGGCGCCCGAGGUGAUUGAGCACAUGCUGGACGACCUGGAAGAGCGUAUGCGCAACUAUUUCACUCUGUACAACCGUGAGCGCGAGCUGCGCAGGCAAAGUGAGGCUACGGCGUACCGCCUUGAGCAGGAGCUGGUUGAGGAGCGCAGGAAGCUGGCCGAGGCUAACACCCAGAUCGAGCACCUGGACGGCAAGAUACGCGCGUUGGUUGGGCAGCCUCUGAAAAUCCGCUCCACCAUCGACAAGAUCGAGCUGCUGUACAACCAGUUGGACACUUUGGUGCAGGCGUUCGUUGGUAUCGGCAGUUGCGCAACCCUGCAGAGCCAGAACCGCGCGGCGUUUCUGCGGCUAUUUCUGGAGUACCUGUACCCCUGCAGGGAUCUGGACGUCAGGCUGAACACGCUUUACACCGCCAUCUACGCGUCGAUGCCCCAUGUCGGCAACGCGCUCGAUCAACAGCCCCUGCCGACGCCCGCAGCUCCGGCACCAGCCCCGAUGCCAUCGUCAACGGAGCCUGCCACGCCGUCCGCACAGCUGCGCGGGCUGUCGGUGACCGUGCACCAGCUGAUGCUCAAGAGCAGCAAGUUUACCAACGAGACCGGAUAUUACUCCUGCGCGUUCCGUUACGACAACGAGACGGCCGAGUUUGCGCUGUCGACGCCGUCUCGCGUGAUGAAGGUGACUGCUCGUCCCAUGGACAACGCGUCCGGCGUGAUCGAGGUCGACGGCUGCGUGUCCGUCCAGCAGCUGCCGCCGCGCAUCCCCAACGUGCUGCCCAUGCUGAUCCUGGACGUGUACUCCGGCAACGUGCUGCUGGGUAGCUGCCAAAUGUCGAUUGUCGACAACAGGACGCUGAACUCGCGCGAGCCGUGGCAGAUCAUGGACGCCGGCGGUAACCACUGCGGCGACCUGAUCGUCAGCGUGCGCGGCAUCCCCGACGGCGCGAAGCUGCCCGCCGUGAACUUCAUCCGCCGCACCGACGAGCUCAUGAUGAGCCAGGUGCCCCCUGCGGACGCCAACAAACCAUCGCAACUUGAACCUACGGUCCCCGACAAGGUCAGCGCCGCCGCGCCCGCCACCAACAAGGCGCCGUCGGUGUCGAAGCCCGAGGUGAAGUCUAAGCUGCCGCCAACACGCGCCACAGCUCCGCCAUCAACGCCGGCGGAUUCGCCCUUCCAGCCCAAGCAGAAGGCUGUUUUGCGCAAGCCGCUGUUCCUCAAGAGCAACAAGCCGACGCCAUUGGGCGCUCCUGCCAAAGCGGCACCAGCGUCCACGGAACCGGCGGCCGCUGCGGCCAAGUCACCCGCGCCAUCCAAGGCGGCAGCACCGUCGGACGCUGCCCCCAAAGCCACGCCUUCCAUCACCAAGGCACCGUUGUUGGGCAAAUCAUCGUUGCCACAGGCUGCUGACAGCAAGGCCAAGUCGCCCGCUCCUGAAGCUGCCGCUUCCAAGGCCCUCCCAACCAAGGCGGCGCCUAUGGUGGCCAGCAAGUCCAACGCGUCGGCAGAUUCAACGCCGCAGCCCGACACCGCCCCGGCAACGCCAAAGGUUGGCCUGAAGGCGCCCCUUGGCAAGGCUCUUUUGACUCCCAAGGUUACUUUCAAGACCCCGCUAACGACCAAGGCUGAACCUCCGUCCGUAGCCACCAAGGCUGCUACUAAAUCCUUGGCUACUCCUACCAAAGCUCCGGUUACUCCUACCAAAGCUCUGGCUACUCCUACCAAAGCUCUGGCUACUCCUACCAAAGCUCCGGUUACUCCUACUAAAGCCCCGGCUACUGCUACACCCGAGCCCGCCGAGGCUCCGGCGCCAGCUCCAGCUGCGGCUCCGAAGGCUGAGUUCGUCCCGGCCAAGAAGGCGCCUCUGUUGGCCCCCAAGGGGGUAAGCAAGGCGCCGCUGGGCAUCGCUCCGAAGACCGCACCGACUACCGAUGCCGCCACUCCGAAGACCGCACCGACUACCGAUGCCGCCGCGCCGAAGGCGAUCGUGCCAAAGGUCGCCACCAAGUCGGCACCGGCGGCGGAUACACCUGCUGCUAAGGAGCCCGCCGCUGUCACCAAGGGACCGCUGAUUGCGCCGAAGGGCAAGACGCUGGGUGUCGCGGCGAAGACUGCGUUGCCGUUGCUAGCGCCUAAGACGGCAGCGCCAGCUGUCGCUCCGAAGACAGCAGAUGGCGGAAUCUCACCCAAGAACGCCAUGAAAUCAAUCGCGCCCAAGGUUGCGCUGCCUGCGGUUACACCUAAGACAGCGCCGGCCGGGAUCACUCCGAAGGUCGCGCCGCCACCGCAGCCGGCGGGUUCCGGCGACGCUCCUGCGGGCGCAGACGAUAAGAAACCAUUGGUGCCGAUUGCGAUAAAGCCGAAAUUCCAGCUGAAGAAGCCGCUGGCUGUGAAGAAAGCCUGA